AUGAAGGAUGGAGGACUUCUGAAAGACAUUGGAUGCUUACAUUCUUUGGAAGAGUUAACACUUAGCGGAAAUAAUUUUGAGUAUUUUCCUCAAAGCAUAGCCCAACUUAGUGCUCUUCGAUUCUUGGGAUUAUCACAUUGCAAGAAGAUUAAUUUUGAACUUAUCGUGGGGAUGAAAAACUUGGAGGCUUUGAAUCUCAGUUACUGCAAUCUAAUAGAUGGAGAGCUUCCAGAUGACAUUGGAUGCUUAUCCUCUUUGAAAGAGUUGAAUCUCAGUGGAAAUAAUUUUGGGCAUUUGCCUCGAAGAAUAGCCGAACUUGGUGCUCUUCGGUGUUUGGACUUAUCACAUUGCAAGAGGCUUACACGGCUGCCAGAAUUUCCAGUUCUAUUAGAUACAAUAGAAGCAGAUUGGACAAAUUAUUGGAUCUGUAAUUCGCUAUUUCAGAAUAUCUCAUUAGUGCAGCAUGACAUCUCUGCUUCAGAUUCCUUGUCACUAAGAGUGAUUACAGGUCGGCGGUGGCAUGGGAUGCCAACGUUCCCAUACCAGGGAAUUGAUGGUGUGUCAGUCAAUUUGCCUGAGAAUUGGUACAUACAUGAUAGCUUCUUGGGGUUUGCUGUAUGUUACCAUGGCAUAUUAACCGACAUCACAGCUCACUUGAUUCCCUUAUAUGAUGAUGAUGGGAUGUCGUGUAUCACCCGGAAACUUGUCUUAUCCAACCAUUCAGAAUACGCUAUAAAACUUCCUUGUAUUCAUUUUUUCUUGAUACCUUUUACCGGUUUGUGGGAUAUUUCUACGGCAAAUGGAAAAACACCAAACGACUAUGGGCACAUCAUGUUAUCUUUCUCCAAGAAAGAAGAGUAUGAAUUCCGUUUGCUGUAUAAAGAUGAACUAAUGGUUUAGGCCUUGUUGCGAAAAAAGGGAAAAUAAUGAUGAUAUGAUGAUAGUGAGCACCAUGACGAAGCCAAUUGCUCCUCUUCUAAGAAACAAAGGUCACCAUGAGCUGCAAAGUAAGUACUUGUUUUCUUUUUGUAGUUAGCUGCAAAGUCUUCUCCCAAAACCGAUCAAUUUUUUCUUUCUUUUUCCCUCUUUGUUUCCUCUAUUGACAGGAGCUCGUCAAUGAAUGAUUUACAUUUUAUCUUGUCUCCAUUUAUGUUGGAUUAACCAAGGUAAGUUAAAGACUAACAAGAAGUUUGACUUGUUUUCUUUUUCUUGUUGUUAGUGAAAUUGUGGUCUCGACUAUUUGCUAUAUUCUUAUGAUUCUUUCUUCUUUCCCCCUUUUAGGGAGCUCAUUGAUGGGUGAUUUGCAUAUCGUCGGUGAAUUUUUCAAUUGAUUCCCCACCUUGUCUUACGAUGAUGUAAAAGCCACUAUUUAAAUAAUGGAUGCCAGAAAUUUAUGCUGCAGUUUUGAAAAGAUCUUAAGAAGUGCAGACAAUACUAAUACAGUCACAAAAAAGAAGAACGAAAAAUCCUUGAUAUUCCACUGGUUUUUCCUAUCAAAGUGAAUAAUCUAAAAACUUAGAUUUGAUGCCAGUAAAAGUAACUUCUUUUUAUAAGUUAACUGGCUCCUUAUUUGGAUUACUUGUAAGUGGUUCUAACAAUAUCUUUACUCUGGUUUUGGAUUACUUUUGCAGUGCAAACUGAGAAGCGAAGAUGGUAUGUUGCAUCAAAAAGCAACCGGAGCAAAGGAGAAGCAUUUCCAGUAAUCAGACGUACCUCCACUGAUAGAGCAACUAUUCUUCCAUCAGGAUGUAGAGCUCAAAUACUUUCUCCGCCACCACCAAGUUCUACCGAAGUAGCAUACUUCUUUAUUGCGUCUGAUCCACUGUCAAAUCUGCGUGUAGUAGCAAUACAAAGUACAGUUUUGUUAUCUCAGAAUAAGAGUUGUGUGACAUAGCAUUGAAUUAGAAUCAAACAAGAUGAACAUGUACAUAGCUAUAGAAACACUAAUGCUGGAAAUAACUGAGUCAAAUUACUAUUGGAUUUUCUUUUGGAGGGAUGAGCAUUAUUGGUUUUUGGA